CCUCCUCCCCCUCAGUUCAGUUGAGCUUGUUCGGUCGAGCUUCUUGGGUGAUUUCGUGACUGUUACAAACCGCGAUGCUUCGGAAGUGACAUUUUCAGUGCUAAGUGAACACAAAUCCUUCCAAAAUGUUGGCCGACGGAGAAAUAGUGGGCGACGGAUCAUGGAACCUCAUGGUUUACGUGACCGAUCUGAACGAGAAACGCACCUUGGUUGUAAAAGGUGACAUGCACAUUGGAGGAGUGAUGCUGAAAUUGACAGAACUCUUCGGUAAGAUUUUCAAGAAAGACUGGUCCGACCACGCCCUCUGGUGGCCAACCCGCAACAAAUGGCUCUCCAAACCCCGCCAGACCCUCGACCAGUGCGGUGUCCACGCCGACGCAUGUCUACACUUCACACCUAUGCACAAACCGUUGAGGAUCCAACUGCCAGACUUGAGAUACAUCGACUGCAAGAUAGACUUCUCUAUUGACACGUUCAGCGCGGUGGUACAACUUUGCAAGAGUCUUGGUAUCCGGCACCCAGAAGAAUUGUCCCUCUGCUAUCCACUGGAGCAGUCCCACCUCAAACAGAACUACCAGAACCUGAAAGAGGCGAAGCGGCUUCGGCCGUCAGCACCUCCGGAUACUAACACGUUCAUCGCCGCCACCAGAGGAUCGUCCAACAGCUUGGAUAGGUCUAACGGGUGUCCGGCGACGCCUCCACCGCCGAGGUCGCAGUCAGCUACACCGGUAGCAUCGAAUGGCACCCUCAGGCGCUAUGGCACCCACAUCUACAGCACACAGAGCGACGGUUCCAGCGACGGGGGCUACUGCGGGACGCCGCCGCGCGCCGCCUCGCUCGACGCCAUUGACGCCCUGGCUGACUUGUCACUCGCUGACUCGCCUUUAGAGCCAGACAGUCAGUCAAGAGAGUCGCUGCUGACGCCUAAGACACUUGUUGAACGGGCUAGGAUGAAUGUUGGCUGGCUAGACUCCUCUCUCUCCAUCAUGGAGCAAUGCAUACGAGAGUGGGACACCCUCCAGCUCCGCUUUAAGUUCUACUCGUUCUUCGACCUGACCGCGCGUGCGCAGGACGCACCGCGCCUCAACCAGCUGUACCAGCAGGCGCGCUGGCAGAUCCUGAACCAGGAGGUGCACUGCACCGAGGAGGAGAUGCUGCUAUUCGCCGCGUUACAGCUUCAAAUCGAGCUGCAGACGCUCGCGGGCGGCAGCGUGGACGCCGCCGACGGACACACCUCCAACGCCGCACCCGACGACAUCGACGCGGCGCUCAGCGAGCUGGAGACUCAGCUGGAAGGCGGCCCGCCCGCCAGACCCGACAUCAUGCAGGUCCCGGAGUUGGCUGGACAUCUCAAAUACAUGAGACCAAAACGCUUCACCCUGAAGGCGUACAAGCGCGGCUGGGUGUCGUGCCGCGACGGCGUGCUGCGCAUCCACGCGUCGCGCGACGCGGCCGCGCGCGGCGACGCGCCCGGCUACUGCGCCGAGCUGCGCGGCGCCGAGGUGACUCCAGACGCGCACCCGGCGUCCAAUCGCUACAGCAUCAAACUAGAGGUGCCUUCGGAAGACGCCAUGAACGAGAUCUGGCUCCGGUGUGAGAACGAGGAGCAAUACGCGGAGUGGGUGGCGGCGUGCCGGCUGGGCGCGCGCGGCCGCUCGCUGGCCGACGCGGGCUUCGCCGCCGAGGCCGCCAACGUGCGCGCCUUGCUGCGCCUGCAGACACCGCAACCAGCCGCCGUCGCACACCACAACGUUCCACACUUGGAACAGCUGCAGCCGGAGAACUAUGUCGCUCCGAGGGUCUUGAAGAGACUCAAGGGGAAGUUCACCCAACGCGUCCUGGAAAGUCACGCGAACGUGAAAGACCUGCCGCUACUCGAAGCCAAGCUCCAGUACAUCAAGACCUGGCAGAACCUGCCCGACUACGGCCAGACCCUGUUCGUGGUCCGCUUCAUGGGCCACAGGAAAGACGAGGUCAUCAGCAUCGCCAACAAUCGCAUCAUGAGGCUCGACCCUAGCACCGGAGACCAUUUGAAGACCUGGCGGUAUAGCACUAUGAAGGCAUGGAACGUAAAUUGGGAGAUAAAACACAUGAUGGUGCAAUUCGAGGAAGGCAACAUCAUAUUCUCAGUGCAGUCGGCCGACUGCAAGGUGGUGCACGAAUUCAUCGGCGGGUACAUAUUCCUCUCCAUGCGCUCCAAGGACGCCAACCAGACCCUCGACGAGGAACUAUUCCAUAAGCUCACUGGGGGUUGGACGUAAACUGAUUUCUCAAAAGUAUAAAACUACAGUCAGAUUUUAAUUGAGCAAUGAAUUGAUUAUAUAAGAUGAAAUCGUUUACCGAGUUUGACAGCUAAAAUAGAAUGGGACCGCAGAAUAAAUAAUCGUACUACCGUACAGAAAUUAUACUUCCUACAAAACCGAAGUUUGAUAGCGAUUCUGGGACGAAUCAAGUCCCUUUCUUAUGGCAUAUCUUCGUUGCUGCAACGUCAAGUUUUGCCAACCCUAAUAAUUGCUCGUUGCAACGCUGAGCCGAACGGAGCCGAGAGCGCCCGAAAAGUCCAGUGCUAGCCCAUUCACGGGGCCCAUAUUUUGUGAUAACUUAAUUGUUACAACUUUUGGCGCCAUCUAAAUUAGCUGUCAAAUUCAAAGCACGAAUUUGUUUUACUACACAUCUAAUAUAAUCAAUUUAUCUUUAAUAUUGAGUAAUUUUUUAUUUAAUAGCGGUCCGAAGCGUUAUUCAUUUUCACGGUUUUAUUUACAGUUUCACCUCGAGUCAUAUGUUUAUACUGACGCGUGUUGGUGAAAAGUAUUAUGUUAAAUGAUGUAGUUUUAAGAAUAUUGAUUGGUGCUCUUUCUCGGCAAAGAUGGCAACAUUAUGUUGCAGUGUCCCCAAAUGAUGAUAAUAAUAUAAAAAUUACGUAGAUCGCACCAAUAUUUAUAACCACAAACUUCACUUUUUUUAGCCUUGACAUACACGAUCGAUAGUUAUAUUUCUUUUUAUUUAUGUUACUUUUUAUUACAAAUGUGUAUAAGAAUGUAUUUUUGUAGUAAAUGAACUAAUUGAAUCAUAUAUUUAGAUCUUGUUUUUAGUGCUUCCAAUAAAAAAUAUAGCUUUUUUGUAAAUGCCAAAUAAUAUUGAAGCAUAUAUUCAUUACAGUAUGUAAUUAAAUUCUAGUUUUAAGUUGAAAUGCGAUGGAUACGAGCUUUUAAUAGAUGUAAUUUAUAAUUUAUGCAAAUGUUCAAAUGAUAUAUUGUCCUGGAUGUAUACUUUAAUAAUUAUAAUCUAUUAAAUAUUCAACAAUGUCUUUCACAAGGUGCCAUUUAACGAAUCAUAAAAUGUAAUAAUUGUCUGAAUACUGGCCUUACUCUAUAAUAAAUAAGUUGAUCAGUGCCUCAAUAAUAUAUAAUGUGUAAUAUUCCAGAUUUUAAUAUCCUUUUCUCUAUGUCAAAUAUUUGUGACAACGUCAAUAGUAUAAAAAGCCUAUUGUGGUUAAAUAUUAAAAAGUUAACCUAUUUGAACGCCAAGAACACCUAAAGGUGUCGUAAUUAGUCAAGCCCACAUGCCCCAUGAAUACAUAAGCCCGCCCCCCC